UCUCUUUCGCACACGUCAAUCCCCCGUUCUACCAACAUGGCCACGCUAAGCCGUACUUCGACAAAAUUAUUAAGAAAAAUACAGUUUUCGCCUGUUUUUACGCGUAAUUUUAGUAAUGUGAAAAGUGAUAACUCAUUGAAAAAGGUCUUGACGACCUGUGUGUGUGUCGUGGGCGGUGGCGUAGCGUUUUAUGCCGUAAAUAAAUAUGGGAGGAAGAACACCGUUUACGCUCUCAAGGCGAAGCCGGACGAGCUGGCCAGAUCGGUGAAGCUGACCUCCCGAGAGCGGCGGUUCAUCAAGUUCGCGAGCGUGGAGUACGGAGGCCAGCUGUACAUGACUCCUCAGGACUUCCUCGAGUCCGUGGUCGAGCAGGAACCUAGGCCUCGUCUGAAACGUCGUGUGCUGACUACCAAAGAGAUUGAGUACCUGCGGGACCACACGCCGGCGCUCAAGAAGGGAUCCUCACAAAUGUUCCGCAAUAUGAGGGAUAAAGGUAUCAUCUCUUACACGGAGUACCUGUUCCUACUCUCAAUUUUAACAAAGCCGGCUUCAGGUUUCCGCAUCGCGUUCAACAUGUUUGAUACGGACGGCAACCAGCGCGUCGAUAAGAACGAGUUCCUAGUCAUUCAGCGACUGCUUGGUGGUACGUUUAAGGAGCGUAGGAAUUUGGACGCCAAAAGUCAGGAAGCACUGCUUACGUUAGUGUCCACAAGUGCGAUGAGGAAUCGGGCCAGUCCGGUCGACGUCCCCAGUCCGUCGAGAAUGGAGAAAAUCUUCAGCUUUGCAUGGCGUGGCAAGCGGGGGAUGACGGAGGAUGAGAACAAGGAUGACGGUAAGGGGGAUGUGAAUGCAGAUGGGAAGGCUCAUGAAAACUACGUCAAUGAUGACCAGGGGUUACAGAGGAGGCACAAUGUUGAUACUUUCUUGCAGGUGCACUUCUUCGGCAAGAAAGGCACGAACGACUUGAAGUUCGAAGGCUUCCGGCAGUUCAUGGAGAACUUGCAGACCGAAGUGCUGGAGCUGGAAUUCCACGAGUUUGCUAAGGGUCACGAAACGAUCUCCGAGGUGGACUUCGCGAAGAUCCUACUCCGCUACACGUACCUCGACACCGACGAGUAUGAUAUGUACUUGGACCGGCUGUUGGACCGCGUCAAGUACGAACACGGCAUCACGUUCGAAGAGUUCAAGACUUUCUGCCAGUUCCUGAACAAUCUCGAGGACUUUACCAUCGCUAUGAGGAUGUAUACGCUUGCUGAUCAUCCGAUUUCGAAAGACGAGUUCCACCGCGCAGUAAAGAUUUGCACGGGCAUAUCUCAGUCAGAGCACCUCGUGUCCACGGUGUUCGCGAUAUUCGACGCCGAUGGUGACGGCUUGCUCAGCUACAAGGAGUUUAUAGCCAUCAUGAAGGAUCGCCUCCAUAGAGGAUUUAAGUCCUACGCGAAGAACGAAGGUUGGGAGGCGUUCAAAUCUUGCGUGAAGCAAGAAAUGAAGAGCGCUGUUUAAUAUCAAUCACAUUAUUUGUAGGUACAAUCGUGGAAAUUAAUAGUUGUUUCACUUGCACUGUGGUCGAAAAAUAUUAAAAAUAAUGAAUAAAAUAAACGUAUGGAAAUAACAUUGUCAUCUUAUUAGGAUUGAACAUAUUUGUUUAA